AUGGACUACUUCAAGCGCGCCGCCUCGGCCGUGCUCUCCUCGGCCGCCGGGCCGUUUCCCGGCUACACGCUCGGCGAGCGCGAUGCCUGGCUGGCGAACCGCACGCUGUGGACGCAGCAUGCCGGCGUGCGCCGCGACGACGGGCUGCGCGUCAGCAUUCUCUGCUUCGACGCCGCCGCAAGCCCACAACGACGCAACCUGCUGCCGCUGGCCAAGAACGCGCUGCGCAAGCUGCGCACGCUCAGACACCCAAGCGUGCUGCGCCUCCUCGACUCGCACGAAACGCAGACGGCCGUGUGGAUCGCCGUGGAGCGCGUGCGCCCGCUGGGCCAGGCGCUCGAGGAGAUGCGCCGCGACGCGCCGGGGCGCGACGAGUGGAUCGCAUGGGGCCUGCGCAGCAUCGCGAGUGCGCUGGCCUUCAUCAACGACGAUGCCGCCUCGACGCACGGCAAUAUGCGUCUCGACGCCGUCUUUCUCGCCGCGUCGGGCGAGUGGCGCCUCGGCGGCUUCGAGGUGCUGAGUGCGCCCAAGGACGAGACGGCCGUGCUCUACAACAUGGGCAGUCUGCUGCCCGACGCCGCACGCUUUGCGCCGCCAGAAGUCAAGCUCGGCGGCUGGUCGCCUCUCAAAGAUCUCGAGCCGCACGUGCUAGACUCGUACUCGUUCGCGCUCCUCAUUCUCGAGGCCUACAACGGGCCGCUGCCGCCCCUCGUCGGCGCCGCCGUGCCCGCCGCCGGGCGGGUGCCGCCGCCCAUCUACGCCCUCGUGCGGCGCAUGCUGGUGCCCAACGCCAAGGCGCGCCUGACGCCCACGGCCUUUCUCGCCGCCGGCGAAGCGCCCGGCGCCUUCUUUGCCGCCAACCGCCUCGUGCGCAUCGCCGCGGGCCUGGAGAACUUUGUGCUGGCGCGCGAGGAGGAGCGCGCGGAAGUCAUGCGGCAACUCAAGAACGACGCCGACUCGCUGCCGCCAGACUUUCUGCAGCACAAGGUGCUGCCGGCGCUGACGCAUGCGCUGUCGCUGUCGAGCAGCGGCGCGGCGGCGGGCGCGGCGGCGCAGACGCUCGGCUCUGCGACGCUGCAGGCGAGCCGGCUGCUGCCGCUGGUGCUGCAGCUCGGCGCCACGCUGGGCGACGGCGAGUGGGUGGCGACGCUGCAGGCGCCGCUGCUUGCGGCGUACAAGAGUGCCGACCGCGGCGUGCGCAUGGCGCUGCUGGAGCAUCUCGAGCUGUACAGCGGGCGCCUGGAGCCGAAGCGCGUCGUUGACGGCGUGUGGCCCCAUCUCAUCUCGGGCUUCGCCGACACGGCGCCGGCGAUUCGCGAGGCGACGCUGCGCGCCAUCCUGCCGCUGGCGCCCAAGCUGAGCGAGCGCAUCCUCAACAACGACCUGCUGCGGCAGCUGGCAAGAACGCAGAUCGACUCGGAGCCGGGCAUCCGCACCAACACGACGAUCCUGCUGGGCCGUCUCUCGCACGUGCUGACGCUGCACACGCGCCGCACCGUGCUUGUGCCGGCGUUUGCACGCAGUCUCAAGGAUCCGUUUGUGCAUGCCCGCCUCGCCGGACUCAUGGCCCUCAUGGCCACCGGCGAGAGCUACGAGCGCGACGACAUGGCGCGCCUCAUCCUCCCCGCGCUGGCGCCGUGUCUCGUCGACGCGGAGAAGGUGGUGCGCGAGCAGGCCAAGCUGGGCGUGGCCUUCUUUCUGCGCCGCAUCGACGAGGCCGUCGCGGGCAUGCCGGAUUCGGCCCUGCCGCCCAGCGACGAGCAGCAAGCUCCAGGCGCCCUGUCGUCGCCGUCUCCUGCCUCGGCGAGUGCUGCGCGUGCGCCCGACGGCACGGCCGCCUCGAGCGGCAGUGCCGCCAGCGCACUCGCCGGCUGGACGCUCUCGGCGUUUGCGCGCACCCUCGACGGCAUGCCCGGCGGCACCAGUGGCACUCUGGAUGGCGGCCUGCCGCGCGUCGCCUCUGCGCCGGCACCCGGCGCGGCGCCGGCUCUGCGCACGGCCGCGGCGGCCUCCUCGCCGCUGCGUGCCUCCUCGGCGGCCUCGGCAUCUUCGAGCGCCGGCGCGCCGCUGGCGUCGCUGGACGACGACCUCAUCGACAUCCACGCCGACGCCGACGACUGGUCGAGCUUCGAGGUGGGCACGCAAAAGGCCAGCCAAGUGCCGCGCCGCAUCGUGCCGCGCGCCUCCACCGCCGCCGCCGCCGCCGCCGCCGCCGCCGCCGCCGCUGGCGCCUCCCACCGGCCGCUCGCGGCGCGCGCGAGCUCGAGUCGCCUGGGCGUGGUAAGGACGGCGGAGCCGGCGGCUGCUAUGGCGCGCACUAGUCUGGCGGUCAAGGACGUCGCCGCAGAUGAAGCAGCAUGGGACUCGCCCGACGACUGCGCCGCCGCCGCUGCUUCCGUCGAUGCCCUGCCUCCCUCGUCUUCGGGCACCGGCACAUGCACGCCUUCGGGCGCGAGCGCGCACACGACGGCCGCCUUCUUCGCGGCGCCGCUGCCGGGCGCGCUGCAAGCGGCGCCUGAGGAGCCGCCGGCGGCCGAGAGCUGGGGCGCGAUGGACGAGGCAGAGCCAGAAGAGGCCGGGCCUGCGGCACAGACGGAAGCUGCAGCACUGCCGCCUGUCGUCGUCGCUGCGAGCAAGGAGGAGAGAAAGGCGGAGAUGGAGAGGCUCAAGGCGCAGCGGCGGGCACGCAUGGCGGCGCUCAAGGAGAGCAGGGCGGCCAAGCUUGGCAACAGCCUGACGUGAGGGGCGUCGGCGCAAGCAGGGGGGGCAAGGGUUAUACCACUUUUUGUUGCACACACAUGCGAUAGAAUGCGGGAGGGG